AUGGAUAAACAACAGAAGUUAGAUUUCAAGAAUCACCACAGAGCCAUGAACAUCUUUCUGAAUGCUAUCUCUAAAACUGAAUAUGAGAAAGUCACCAACAGAGAUACAUCGCAUGACAUGUUUGAGUCUCUCAAAAUGAAUCUUGAAGGAAAUGCUCAAGUAAAAGAGACAAAAGCUCUGGCUCUCAUCCAGAAGUAUGAAGCCUUCAAAAUGGAAGAAAAUGAGUCUAUUGAAGCUAUGUUCUCGAGAUUCCAAACUCUGAUUGCUGGCCUAAGAGUUCUGAACAAAGGAUACACCAAGGCAGACCAUGUUAAGAAAAUUAUCAUAAGUUUACCCAGAAGAUGGGAACAUAUGGUUACUGCAUUCAAAGUGUCAAAAGAUUUGAAUGAUGUAUCCCUUGAAGAACUUAUCAGUGCUUUAAGAAGUCACGAGAUAAAACUUGAUGAACAUGAGCCUCAGAAGAAAGAAUCUUCUGAAGCUGAAUCUGACUCAGAAGAUGAACACGCCAAUCUAGCGUUUAUGGCUACCACGGUAGAUGACGAUGACGAUGACUCUGAUUCAGAACCAAAAGUGGUAUUCUCUGAAUUUUCUAGAAUUGAACUUGCUGAAAGCUUAUCUGAACUUCUUGAAAACUACAGUAAACUCAAAAUCCAAUACAAGAAACUCAAAAAGAAUCUUGCAUCUGAUGUUGAGAAACUUGAAACAGAAAACUCUGAACUUAAAGAAAACAUUUUUAAACCCAUAGAGGAAGUUCAAAAAUUUCAAAAGAUCUCUAUUUCAGAUUCUUCUUCAAGUUCAAAAGAUAUUCUUAAAGAAUAUGACUCUAGUUUUCAAACGUUUCUUGCUAAAAGCAUAGAUAGAAGCAGAAUGGCUUCAAUGAUCUACGGUGUUAGUGGAAAUGACAGAAGAGAUAUUGGAUAUAAAGCUCCCAAAGGGAAAGUAAUAUAUAAACCUAAGCAUGUUGAGGAAAUGGUUAUCAUAUAUAAACCACUACACAAACAAUUUAGUUUUGGGCACACACAUGAUAUCAAAUACACUUCUCACUCUGAAAAUUCUUAUGCAAAAUCAAAGUUCAACCAGAACUUUAGAAACUAUAACCAAAAAGGACCCAAAAAGAAAUGGGUACCUAAGGAGAAAAUAAUCUAUGUUGUAGUUGUCCUUAACAGCUCAGUUGAAACACCAGUCAUGGUACCUGGACUCUGGAUGCUCGUGACAUAUGACGGGAAGAAAUUCUAUGUUCCAAAGUCUGGAACUUAA